UCUUGACUUCCCUACACCACCUUCUUUCUCCCUUAUAUACUUACAUUGCUUCAUCCCAUGUAAUAGUCCUCAAAAAAUGGGUUUAGAAUCUCUAAUUGUUACAAGACCCAGGACCCAUCAACCAUGUGCCGCUUGUAGGAUGCUACGCAGGAGAUGCGACAGUAAUUGCAUUCUGGCCCCCUAUUUCCCAUGUGAUGAGAUGGACAAGUUUGCCAAGGUGCACAAGGUUUUUGGAGCCAGCAACGUAAUCAAAAUGAUUCAGAUGGUGGAGGAAACAAACAGGGAGGAUGCUGUGAAAGCACUGGUCUAUGAAGCAACAGCCAGGAUGAGAGACCCUGUUUAUGGCAGCACUGGAGCUAUUUGCCAACUGCAGAAGAUGGUGCAAGAACUCAAGAUGCAGCUUGAAUCAACAAAAGCUCGAGUGUUGGAGCUGCAACAGCAAAAAGAUCAGCUUUGGAGCGUUCUUAUGAAUGUUAAUCAUCUUGAUCUUCUUUCUCCCAUUAAUGGCGGUGACAACUUUUGUUUAGGUUACGAUGAUUCUAUAGCUUAUGAUCCAGACAAGUUCCCUGUAGUAGGUGACUGGAUCUUUUAAAGCAUAAAAAAACACUAAAGAUGUCGGUAUAUCCAAGGUAUCAUCUUCAGGAUAAGCUUAUGAAGUGUAUAAUUUUAAUGGAAUACAUAUAUAUAUAAACACACAAAGAGAAAUUUAAGUUGAGAAGAA